AUGACGCCGUCCUUCAAACGUGGCUCGGCGGGGAUGGAAGGAACCCCCCAGGACGAAGCCAAGGGGGAGUCGCUGGGCCAUAGACGGGUAGCUCCUCCCGCGUCUCGAGUCUCUGCCCUUCCUCGAGACUCUAUCCCUCCUCAAGCUGUUGCGGCUGUUGUAGCUGCCGCUCCUGCAGCUCCUGCUGUCGCUGCUGCUCCAGCUGCUCCUCUAGCUACUACUGCCACUGCUGCUACUGUAGUUGUAGCUCCUGUAGUUGUUGUUGUUGUUGCUGCUCCAGCUGAUCCUCCAGCUACUGUUGCCACCGCUGCUGCUCCUACAGCUCUUACUGCCGCUACUGCUCCAGCAGACGCGUUCUCUCCUCCUCUUCUUCUUUCUUCUUCUGCUCCUCCUGCUCCUUCUUUUUCAUCCCCUCCUUGA